UCUCUAGUACACUUAAGUCAUUUGUUGAUUAAAGUGAUUUAAAUAUUUGUGUUGUGUUUUAUAAUAAUUUCAAGAAAAUGUCGAAUGUUAGGUUAAAUAUUAAUCCACCAGAAUCAUUGAAAUUACCAAUGGUUCUACCCAAUAAAUUAUUAAUGGGUCCAGGACCUUCGAAUUGUUCGCCCAGAGUUUUGCAUGCAAUGUCACAAAUGACAACUGGUCAUUUGCAUCCUGAAACAUUAAAGAUUAUGGACGAAAUUAAAGAAGGAUUACAAUACCUCUUCCAAACAAAAAAUACCCUAACACUAGCGAUUAGCGCAACAGGACAUGGAGGUAUGGAAGCAACUCUAUGUAAUUUACUAGAACCCAAUGAAGUUGUUUUAAUUGCUAAAAAUGGAAUAUGGGGUGAAAGAGCGGGUAAUAUGGCUAAACGAUAUGGUGCAGAUGUUCGAUACGUUGAAAGAGAAGCAGGCAAAGCAUUUUCUUUGACUGAAUUUGAGACUGCUUUAAUAAAGCACAGACCAGUAGUAUUAUUCGUUACACACGGAGAAUCAUCUACGGGAGUAAUGCAACCUUUAGAAGGUUUGGGUGAAUUAUGUCACAGACAUAAUUGUUUAUUAGCAGUAGACACAGUAGCAGCUCUUGGUGGCACACCAUUAUUCACUGAUAAAUGGGAAAUAGAUGCAGUUUAUACAGGAUCACAAAAAGUAAUUGGUGCUCCACCAGGAUUUGCUCCAAUCUCAUUAAGUCCACGAGCCGAGAAGAAAGUUUUUAAUCGUAAAACACCAGUAACGGUUUAUUACUGGGAUUUAACACAACUUGGACAAUACUGGGCAUGUUUUCCAAACGCACCUAGAAUCUAUCACCAUACUAUUCCAGUAUCUUUGGCAUACGCAUUACGUGAAGCAUUAGCAGAAGUAUGUGAAGAAGGUUUAGAAAAUUUAUGGAAACGUCAUGAAUUAUGUGCAAAUCGAUUGUAUGAAGGAUUAAAAACUUUAGGAUUUGACUUAUUUGUGGAAGAUCCACGACAUAGAUUACCAACAGUUACCGCUAUAAAAGUUCCUGGACCAGAAUGGAGAAAAAUUAUUGCUUUCGCAAUGAAAACGGACUUUUUGGAAAUUAGUGGUGGAUUAGGGCCUACAAUUAAUAAAAUCAUGCGUAUAGGAAUAAUGGGAUAUAAUGCCAAAAUUGAGAAUGUUGAUAGAAUAAUAAAUGUCUUCAAAGCAGCUCAAAAAGAGCAUUUGUUAGGCAAAUUAUAACCGAAAAUUAGUUAUAAAUAAAUUAUACCAAAGUUCUAUAAAUUAAACUAAUGCUAUCCAUAUUAAUUAAACUAAUUGGUUUUUCUUUCUUAUAUUAUCUCUGAAGCAUUGUUACGGAAUAUAU